AUGCUCUGUAUCAGCCGUCGUGCCAAAACCCUAAAAACCUUAGCUUCCUCUUCCACCCAGAAACGGAGUUAUGUCGAUGUGUACAUGAAAUGGAAGAAAGAUCGUUACUUUGACAACAUCGAGCACAUUCUCCGAUCACCGCAGCUCAAAUCCGUCGUCGCUCUGAAGAACUGUAUCGCUCAGGAUCCGAAUGGAUGCAUUCCGAUAUCUUCCGUCUCCAAGAAGACGCUUCAAUUCGACGUAUCGGUCAAAAUCGCAAAGUUCUUACGGCAAUUCCCUUCGAUCUUCGAGGAGUUCGUCGGUCCAGAGUACAAUCUCCCUUGGUUUAGAUUGACGCCGGAAGCUUCAGAGCUCGACAGGGAAGAGAGACUCGUUUACCGAAACUCCGCCGACGAUUUGCGCGAUCGGUUGAGGAAACUGGUUCUGAUGAGUAAAGACAAUGUUUUGCCGAUUAGUAUCGUUCAAGGUAUGAGAUGGUAUCUGGGUUUGCCUGAUGAUUACCUUCAAAACCCGGAGAUGAAUCUGGAUUCUUCGUUUAGGUUUGUUGAUAUGGAAGAUGGAAUCAAAGGUUUAGCAGUAGACUGUGAUGGAGAAAAGGUGUUGUCUGUGUUGCAGAAGAACGCAAUGAAGAAGGAGAAUCGAGGAGGAGACUAUUCAGAGAUUGAGUUUCCUCUGUUUCCAUCAAAAGGUUGUAGAUUGAGAGUAAAGAUUGAAGAUUGGUAUAAAGAGUUUCAACAGCUUCCUUAUGUAUCACCGUACGAUGAUUACUCUCGUUUGGAUCCGAGUAGUGAUGUGGCAGAGAAGAGAGUUGUUGGGUUUCUCCAUGAAUUGCUCUGUCUCUUUGUUGAUCAUUCAGCGGAGAGGAAGAAGCUGUUGUGUCUCAAGAAGCAUUUCGGUUUACCUCAAAAGGUUCACAAGGCGUUUGAGAGACAUCCACAGAUUUUCUACUUGUCUAUGAAGAACAAGACGUGUACGGCUAUUCUGAGAGAGCCUUAUAGAGAUAAGGAUAGUGUAGAGACACAUCCUGUGUUAGCGGUGAGGAAGAGAUAUAUUCAGUUGAUGAAGAAUUCGGAGUUGAUUCUCAAGAGUAGGAGGAGUAUGUGUGGGUUUUCGAAUGAAGGUGUUGUUAUAGAGAAAGAUUUGGAUUUGGAUUUGGAUUAUGAUGGCUAG